AUGAAAACGUUAACUUUAUAUUUAAAAAUUACUAUAUUCCUUCUUUUAAUUUGGAUGUUUCAAUGUUUUUAUAACUAUGAUUCUUAUAAAACAUUGAUUGAUAAAAAUAUAUUUCAAACAAAAAAUGAGUUAAAAUAUGAAAGAGCAUUAGCAGAGGGUGACAUAGCAGGUAAAGAGCAAACUAACGCUGCAGGAUGUCUAGAAGAAUGUUCAUUAGAUAAUAAAAAAAACGAAUGUAAAAGUCCGGUUCAAUACGAGAAUCCUUGCGAUGAAUGGCAUAAUGUCAUUAGUCCAUUUUUACGGAAGCAAUUUGAUGAAGAAGCAAGAGAAAUGGACCCUAAAUGGAGAGACCAAAAAUGGAAUAAUGAAUGGAAUGAAAUUUCAGCUAACAAAGUUAGUGAUCUAUCUUCAAUAUAUCAUCAACAAGAUAUUUCAGAAGAAGAAAAAAAAAAAAAAAUUGAUAGUGUUAAGAAAGAUCUCUACAAACUAUUUAUAAAUUUUUUAGACAAAUUUAAGAAAGAGAUGAUAGACAAUAAAACAGAAUCCGAAUAUAUGAAGGAGACGAUAGACAAUAAAAAAGAAUCCGAAUCUAUGAAAGAGAUGAUAGAGAAUAAAAACGAAUCCGAAUCUAAUGAGGAGACGAUAGACAAUAAAACAGAAUCCGAAUCUAUGAAGGAGACGAUAGACAAUAAAACAGAAUCCGAAUCUAAGAAUGAAAACGGAAAAAAUAAAAUAAAAAAUAAGAAAUCAAAUAUUUUGAAAUUUCUUUUUAAGAUGUUUGAUAACCAUUAA